UCUCCACGAGCCCGGCAACGGGAACCAAGGAAACCGAAGCCGCGAUGGCGAGCUUCUUCAGGGACGCGCGCCUCCCGCAGCAGCGCGUCGUCGAGGGCGUCCCCUUCCCGGCGGUGCUCGUCCCGAGCGCUCGUGCGGGCUCCUGCGCCGGCGGGGUCGACAAGUUCCUGGCGGCCGUGCGCUGCGAGAGAGCGUCCCGGCUGGAGCCGCUAGUGCGGGACGCGGGGGCCCUGCUGCUGCGCGGGUUCCCCGCGACGACGGCCGCCGACUUCGACCGCGCCGUCGACGCCUUCGGGUACGAGGAGCUGCCGAUCGUCGGCAGCGUCGCGCCGCGGACCAACGUCGUGGGCCGGGUGUUCACCGCCAACGACUCGCCGCCCGAUCAGAAGAUCCCCUUCCACCACGAGAUGGCUCAGGUUCCAACAUUUCCGUCCAAAUUGUUCUUCUUCUGCGAAGUGGAGCCAAAGAGUGGCGGAGAGACGCCGGUUGUACCGAGCCAUUAUGUCUACAAGAGGAUGAAGGAGAAAUUCCCCGGAUUUGUGGAGAAACUGGAGAAGGACAUGAUUGUAUAUACAAGGGUUUUAGGAGAGGGCGAUAACCCGUCCUCGUCAAUCGGUCGUGGAUGGCAAUCGACAUUUCUCACUAAAGAUAAAGCUGUUGCCGAGGAAAGGGCCGCAAAGCUCGGGAUAAAGCUAGAAUGGACCGACGACGGCGUGAAGACGGUCAUGGGCCCCAUCCCCGCGGUGAAGUGGGACGAGAGCCGAGGGCGGAAGAUCUGGUUCAACAGCAUUGUCGCCGCCUACAUUGGGUGGAAGGACGCCCGGAACGACCCCAUGAAGGCGGUGACCUUCGGCGACGGCUCACCCCUGCCCGCUGACGUCAUCGACGCGUGCGGCCAGGUCCUAGAGGAGGAGUCUGUGGCCGUGCCAUGGCAGCACGGCGACAUCCUCCUCAUCGACAACUGGGCCGUCCUGCACUCCCGGCGCUCGUUCGAGCCACCGCGUCGCAUCCUCGCCUCGAUCUGUAAAUGAUGUGUGUAGAUGCGCUGCGGGUUUGCUGCUCCGACGGGCGACGAAGGCCUGAAACUGGGAAUACUUUCACACGUUGGAAAGAGCGGUGUUUAGAAUAUUAGAGGUGUGCGUGCAGGCGAAAUAAUUGGUAUUUCGCCGCUCAAAACGUUGUCUCCUGGUUAUAAUUAUCAUUGUAUCUAUGAGUUGUGGGUCC